AAAUACAGCAUAAACUGAGUCAAACUUUGUUUUCUAGGUGAAGAGCUUGUGGUGACCAACAGCAAUUGUGCCUUUUCCAACAUUCUCUGCCUGUGAUGCUGGGCUGUGGAUGAACAUAUGCCUGUGACAAGACUGAAGCUGGGGAAGCUAAAGGUGGUGCGGCGGCAGCUGCUGCAAAGGUAUGAACACCAGCCAUUUGUUUCCUGUCUGGCUGGACUCUAUGGUUGUCAAUGGAGACGAUAUCAGAGAGCACGGGCACAGCAUGGAGAGUGUUGCUGCAGCAAGGUGGAGUGUGGCACUUUUGGCCUCCUGAUCGUAACGUUCGUCCUGAGUUUUGUAUUCCUCUAUUUUUGGAGUGAAGCUCAAAAUGACUAUGACGACUUUGACUGGUUUAACUUUGGGGCUCUGGGCUUCUGGUUCCCCUGGUCUCUGGUGCUGCUGGUCGUCGCUGCAGCUCUCUUCACUUACAUCACUUUGUUGCUGGUGCUGGCAGUGUGUCUGCUGUCUGAGGGACAGAGACUCUACCUUCACUGGAGCCACAAGAUUUGCAUUGUGGUAACGUUGGUGUUCUCCGUCAUAGCAACCGGCAUACUUUCUGACCUCUGGAGCAAAGAAUGGAAGACACUCCUCCUCUCUCUGCAGGUCACAGCGCCCUAUCUCCAUGUAACUGCUGUCUCACUCAUGGCGCUCCUCUCCUGGCCAGUAGCAUUGCACUUCUUCCGCAUGAACAAGAGAGGUAGGUGUAUUGAGUGUUCAUAA